GAAUUACUAGUACGUACUUUACUACGUACUUAAUGUACGAUACUAUCGUCCGGUAGCUACGGUAUCUGCUCCGGCAAUGCAAGAGGUCCUCCUGCACGCGAAAGAGGCGUUUUUCCACGCAAAAAUCCCCUCGCCGGUGCUAGGCCCCCGUUCCUGCCGCCAAACACACGCAAGUUACAAAUCACACAACGCAACCCCGUGCGUUACUUUGUUACUAAGAAACUGUACCAACCGCACGUACCGUACAAAUCUCCGCUCUGCCGUUCCGUUUCGUUUUGGCUUGGCUUGGCUUGGCUUAGUUUUCGUUUCUGAUACCAAAGUACGAGUAUCGUACUGCUGUUACUGUUACCAUCCAUUGUCAUCUUUCUGCGGUUGUGUUGUUUGGGUUCCGGGGCGGACACUGAACGCAUACGUUUACCAGGUACUCCACAAGUUCCGAAGCGACCGAACAGGUCUACAGAACACCACCGCCCAGAGCCCCAUCUCCGCAGUUCCUCCUAUAAUGACGACCACGCAACACUAGCUAGCUACGUACUUCACCUAAUACACCGACUCUGUACCCCACUCCUAUCCAUCUCGAGAGCUGUUUUCUUUUCCGAUUGGCGAUCCCGAUUCGUUUGACCCCAUUCCGCCGACGCGCAAGAAGACACAGCAACGCAACGCAACACAACACAACACAACACAACACACGCGGCAACGCCCACCACUCCGCGCUUGCACGGCACCCAAAAAAAGGCAUUCCAACCGAACGCCACAAAACGCAACGCUCAGCCCAAGACGCGACGCGGCUUCCUCCGCAACCUCCCGGUUCUCUUUCUGCUCCACGGAUCCGGAUCCAUCGCUGGCACCAUGGCGGACACGGCCGUGGCCAGGGACUCGGUCUACUCCUUCGAGGUCGCACGGCGGGCCGUCGGGAGGGCGGCCCUGCACCUGGGCAUCGACAGCAUGACCGAGCAGUCCCUCGACGUGAUGGCAGACGUCCUACUCCAGUACCUGGCGAGGACGGGCCGGGCCCUUUCCCACCUGGCGGAGUCCUCCCGCCGGACCUCGGCGCACGUGAACGUCCUGGACGCCUUUCAGGCCUGCCAGCUGGUCACGGCCCCGGCCGUGGGACGCCUCCACCUCCCCGCGGAGGACGACGACGACGUGCCGACGGAGGCGGCGCCGGCCUCCUCGUCCGAUGCCGCGGACUCCUCGUCGCCCCCCGGGGGAGCCGUGGGCGGCGGCAGCGGCAACGGGGGGGCGUCCGAUCCGCCGUCGUCCCUCGCCGCUGCGUCCUCCGCGGGCCCACCGGGCAGCGGUUCCUCCGCCGCGUCCCAGUCCUCGACCGGCUGGAAGGGCCUGGCGGCCUUUGUCUUUGGCCCGAGGUGGCUGGAGGAAAAAGACGAGGAGGACUGCCGGAUGGAACAGUCGAUCGCCGCCGCGGACGCCGUGGCCGGGGACACCGCCGACGACGGACCGGCGUCCUCGGGGGGCGGCGGAAAGGUCUUUCCCUCGUCCCUCGACGGGAACGGUGGCGCCGGCGAACUCAGCGGGGAGUUAGACGGGACCCAGGGGCGCCGGCGGAAACGACGGGGCUGGGACGCGCCCUAUCCGGACGGGGUGCCCCUCUUUCCCAGGGCCUCUCCGACCUGCGCCAAUCCGCACGCCCUGCCGGCCAGGCUCACGGGCGGCCUGUCGUCCUCCUCGCGGAGGUUCUACCGGAAGGUAGAGGUCGCCGCCGAGGAGGCCGCGGAGGACGAGACCGAGGCCCUCGAGGAACUGGAGGCCCUGCCGGACGGCGUCUUUGUGGAAGCCCCGGAGGAGGGAGACAUGGCGGCGGUGCACGGGUCGUCCUGGGGGAGCCUGGACGGCAGGCACAAGCGAAACCCGGGCCCCCCGGGAAGCAAGAACGGAGGCAGGGCCUCGAAAGACCAGGACGGCGACGUGGAGAUGGAACCCGCUACCAAAAAGACCAAGCUCGGAACCGAGCAAGACGGAGCCCAGGGGGCGAAACCGGGCGGACCGAAGGGAGGAAGCGGGGAGGGAGAGGAAAACGACGAUGCCCUUUCGGACGAGUUUGUCUACGUUCCCUCCUUUUAUCCCCGGCCUCCCUCGACCAAGGUCGUGGUGGACGAUCGGCGGACGGUGGUGGACGAGACGGACGACGAGGAGCAGCGAUUGCUCCAGCAGACGCGGACGCAGCUCCGGCAGGAACAGCAGGUCUCCUACGCGUCGUCCCUGGCCGCGAGGGCUUUCCCCGGAGCGGCCCUCCGCGACACGAUCGACAUCGACUCGUCCCGCGGGGUCCGGACCUCCCUGGUGCAGCUGGGCAGCGGGCACUCGCACUACUGGGGCUCGGGCUGGGACGAGGCGGCCCCGAAGGGCCAGAGGCCGGCGUCCGCGUCGGCGAUUGCGGUCCCGAUGGGACGAAAGCCGGCGGCCUCCGGAAACACGGUCCCCCUGGGAGAGCCGAUCCUCCCCAUGAGCCGCGCCAGUGGAUCGAGGGUCAGCCGGGUCCUGGAGGGGUCGAUGGACGCGGCCGCGAUGCAAUAAGAACGACAACACUAGUACGCACUGUACUUGGUAGCAACACACAAACACAAAUACAAAUACACGCACACU